GCCGCUCAGGUGACAGAAAAGAAAGAGCACUCUCAGGUAGAGAAGCUACUGAGAGAGAGGGGGAAGGAGAGGACAGCAGUUGGGGAUACGGAGGGGGGAGGGACCGAGUCACAGGAAAAGUAAGGCUGUAAACAAAUGAACUGAGACACACCUGGAGUCAAGUAAACGCUAUUGGGGGCCGGACAGACGACUGAAAUAGUCAGAAAAGGCUGUGUGUUCCUGAGAUAGUUACUUUACAUUGUAACUGUGGCAAGAAAAAAUGGAGGUGUAUGAAAACUGCAACAUCACAGACUGAAAAAGAAAAGCUCUGAGGGAGACGCAAGAGAAGAGAAGAGAAGAGAAGAGAGACUGGAGUGAAAGCAAAAGGAGCUCCACCGAAACAAAUCAACACAUCAGGGCACCUCUGUGGGGAUUUCUCGAGCAGCUUCAGAGAUCUUCCCGCCUCUGCUACACCAUGGCCUCCAUGGGGAUGCAGAUGCUGGCCAGCGCCCUGUGCCUCCUGGGUUGGGCAGGGGUCAUCAUCAGCUGCAUACUGCCCAUGUGGAGGGUCACAGCCUUUGUGGGCAGCACCAUCGUCACCUCCCAGACCAUCUGGGAGGGCAUCUGGAUGACCUGCGUGGUGCAGAGCACAGGGCAGAUCCAGUGUAAGCCGUACGAGUCCCUCCUCGCUCUCACCGCUGACCUGCAGGCCGCCAGGGCUCUCACCGUCCUCGCCAUCACCACAGGCGGCAUAGGCCUGAUCCUGGCCUUCGUUGGAGGGAAGUGCACUCGCUUCUUGGAUGAGCAAGGAGGCGGGGCAAAGGGCAAGGUGGCUGUAGCAGCAGGGGCGGUGUUGAUUACCACAGGACUGCUGUGUUUGAUCCCCACAUCUUGGGCGGCUGGGGCGGUGGUGAGGAAGUUCUACAGCGCGUCCAUUGAUGCUCAGCGGAGGGAGAUUGGAGCAUGUCUCUACAUCGGCUGGGGAGCAUCCAUCCUGCUCAUUCUGGGAGGGGGUUUGUUCAUCAGCUCUGCGUGCCCCCUCAAAGCCCAUGAUGCAGACAAAAGCCCCUCCGUCCGCUACCUGGUGGUCCGCUCCUCCAACGGGUCCAGCCAGGCAGCUUCUCAUCGCAAGGCUCAGCCUGUCGGAGCCGUCUUCUCCCGGUCUCAAAGCUACGAGGGAGCGUCCACGAAGUCUCAGCCAUACACAAGGCCUCCCUGGGAGGACAGACCUGAGCAGGGCAAUGGUCUGGAGUCAGAAAGGUCAUGGGCACCAUCAACAAAGUCUCAGGUGAAGAGACCGGAGUCGACAAAAUCUGAACAGAGUGAGGCGUUGUCGACAAAGUCUCAGCUGAAACAAGCAGAAAUGGAAGAGGAUUCAUCAGUCAAGAGUGACAAUGAGGAUGCAUCCUCAAACCCAGCAAGAACAUACCUAUGAUGAUGGGCACACACACGCACUUACAUUUAACAUACCAUAGCGAAGUUUAAUGUCCUGGGAGUUAUUUAGAAGUAGUUGUUUACUUAUUUUUGUGACGUAAAGUAGCUGAUGAGGUAUAAUUAUCUUCAACUCUGAACUAUAUUCAUCAAUAUGCAGGAAAAAUGUUACAGCUUUAAGAUGUAAUAUGCACUAAAACUGAACUUCAAACCAAAUACACAAAUCCAGGUGCAAGUGAAGUAUGUUACAGUUGUAUUUUUUUUUAAUUGUUAAUUGUGCUGGCAGUUUUUUCCUCACUGUUUAAAAUGCCCUGAGCCUGAAUCCAUUCAUAUGUAUAAUGUUACCUCAGGCGUUCCAGGUUGUCUGUGUCUGUUGGACAUACUGUUUGCCUGAAUGCAACAUGAGAAAAAAAAACCUUUUGUGUUGCAUCAGCUGCAAAAUUGCUAUUGUUAACAGGGUUUCUGUAAAGAUUCAGAUGUUGCUUUUUAUCUCAACUGUGAAAUGUGAUUUGAAGUUUUAUUUUAUUUGGACAGAUAUUUACUGACAGAUACAUUUACUUUUCAAUAAA